UUAUUGUGCCUGGUCUCCUGAACGAGCCCUGAUACAGUCUGUCAGAGCCAACAGGCUUAUCAGGCCUUGGAGAAGCAGACAAUUACUGGGCUAUACAACAAAUUAAGAAACGAAACUCUUUAGUAAGUGGGAAGCGAAACCCAUAGCCACAUGUUGAUUGGGGCCGCUCUCACUCAGGAUCUUACCUCUCUUAAACGCCUCACACUGCCAAAGCGUCUGACUCGAGAAGAUGGAUAUGAUUUCCGUGCUGUUCAACGCUCUCGCACUGCUGUCGGUGUUGGGACGAACUGGGGCAAGAACAUCAUCGCCCAAUACAACCCCUUCAGGCCCAGGCCCCUCCACCUCAGACCUGCGUGGUCAGAUGUUUACAGUGUCAUAUUCGUAUAGCAUAGGUUUCACCAUGUACACAGACGCAAUCUUUCCCUCUCCUUCCCCCACCAUCUACCCUUCUCCUUCCACCUCUACUUACUCCUCCCCUUCCUCCUCCUCUGCCUACUCUCCCUACCCCUCUCCUUCCUCCUCCUCUCCCUCCCCCACCACCUCUCCUUCCUCCUCCCCUUCCUCCUCCUCUGCCUACUCCUCUCCCUACCCUUCUCCUUCCACUUCUCUUUCCUCCUCCUCUGUCUAUUCCUCUUCCUACCCAUCUCCUCCUUCCACCUCUCCUUCCUCCUCCUCUGCCUAUUCCUCUCCCUACCCCUCUCCUUCCACCUCUCCUUACUCUUCCUCUCCCUCCCCAAGCACCUCCCCCUCUCCCUCCUCCACCACCUACCCCUCUCCUUCUCCCUCCUCCUCUCCCUCGCCCUCCACCACCACCUACCCCUCUCCUUCUCCUUCUCCCUCCUCUCCCUACUCUUCUCCUUCCACCUCUCCUUCUCCUUCCACCUCUCAUUCUCCCUCCACCUCUCGUUCUCCCUCCUCUCCCUACUCUUCUCCUUCCACCUUUCCUUCUCCCUCCUCUUCUCCCUCCUCCACCCCUUACCCCUCUCAUUCUUCUUCUCCCUCCUCUCCAUACACCUCAUAUCCCUACACCACCCCCUCUCCCUCUCUCUCUGCUCUGACUGUGUGUCUGCGUUACAUGGCCGAGGAGGGAAAAGACUUGACUCUCUUCAGCCUCACUCAGGGGAACUACUGGAACCUGUUACUGGAAAGGAACAGUGGGAUGGACUACCUCUCCAUCCAUUCCUCCUCUCAGUCCUUCCGCUCCUAUAGGCUGCUGUGGUCCAUCACAGAGCCACGCCCAUGGACCAGCCUGUGCGUUACCUGGGAGAAAAACACGGGUGUAGCCCAGGUGUGGAGGGGCAGGACUGUCAGUAUCAGGAAGAGAGUGUUUGGCCAGGUGACCAAUGGGCCUCCUGUCUUGAAAGUGUAUAAGUUUGAGGGGCAGGUAACUGACGUGGAAGUGUGGGACAGCGUCCUCUCCCCAAGCUGGAUAAUGUCCUACAUGUCUGGGUGGCAGUCCUACUGGUCCUACGCCCCUGGUAAUGUGCUGACCUGGUCCAAGGCCAUCUACUCUACCAAUGGUGAGGUUCUCCUAGAGAGAAACACCUACAACUCUGACCAUCAGCCUAUCAGAGGCCAGCACCCAAGACCAAUGAGAAAGAAGAAAAUGAGGAAAUGUGAAUGGAAGAAGAGAGCGAGGGCAGAGCAGAUAGCGAGAACACGGCCGUAGGGGAGAGUAGUGAUUGCCACUAACCCUUACUAAGAUGUACAGUAUGUUCCAUCUUCAUGUAUGACCCAGCAAUGCUCCUUACUUGUGAAUCACACUGGAUGAAUGUCUGCUCAAAUUAUGAUUCUGUGAUUUCCCAUGUUUGCCCUGAUGGUCCCCAGGGUCAAAUUAAGUGCUACUCUGGCUGAUGUUCAGGUCGUUUGCCCCUUGCGUCUUCCAUGUCUGUCAGCUAAGUAUCUCCGCUAGCCAAGUGUGGACGUGAGCUCACCUAGCUAGCUAUGAUAGUGCUAACCGUUAGAGCUGUGGCACCACCUCCUCCCUGACGGAAAACACAUCACACUUUAUGCUCAGCACAUAACCUGCCGGGGAAAUCUGACCCAGCAGGCAAAAUGAAAACCAAUGAAAUCAGCAGUUCUCAGGCAGGCUAGAAGCACAAUAUUGUUACUGUUGCAUCACAUUGGAUGACCACAAGUAACUUAAGUUACAUACUGCAGCUUUAAAUUAUUGUUAAAGGAUUUAGUGUAUUGUUAAAUCAUUUUAAUGAUUGCUAGAUGAUUUAAAAGAUUGUUAAAAUGAAGCACGUGGCAAAUUAAAAGUCAUUGGUGAGAAA